AUGGCCGAGCAGGAGGUGCCCGAGAGCAAACGUCCCGCGCCGUCGAAGCCUGUCGCCGACACCGAAGCGAAGGCUCCACCUCCAACAGGCGAGUCGCCCGUCAUGGGCGUGGAUGAGCAGCUCGUGGGCGUCGUGCCUGUGCCAAGCAUCGAGCCGGCAUACGAGGACGAGCUGCCCAAGGAUCUCCGUGGCCCGGAGCUGGUCGUAGAGCAGCUGUCCUCCAAGGGCUCCAAGGUGUCUGCGACGUCCAGCACAGCGCAGACCAGUGGGGUCGAUAAGCAGCGCGCUGGGUGCAAGGGCGCCGCCCUGGAUCCCUUCCGCAGCCUGGUCUUGGAGUUGGCCCGCGACGCUGCUGUGGAGGAGCUCACCGACCUACGCGACCAGCUGCCCACGCUGGCCGAGGCAGACGCGCAGGCACGCCGUGGUCGCAUCCACCGCGCGUUGUCGCGCCUCUCGCCAGGCCGUUCGACGAGCCUGGCGGGGGUGGUUGGUCCGGCGGGCGAGGUGCUCACCGCGCCGGGUGCAAUGGCCGCUGCCCUCCGCACACACUGUGCCGGGGUUUUCUCCGAGCGGCCAGUUGACCAGGCAUUGCUGGAGCAGUGGGUGGCCGAGGGUUCGCCUCCCAGGGCGCCGCCGGAUUCCGCGCCGCAGUGGCGCCUUCAUCGUCGACACGUCGAGCACGCGUUGAAGCACUCGCCAAACUCUGCCCCAGGGCCUGACGGCAUCCCUUGUGCAGCCUGGAGACGGUUUGGGCCCCUAGCGGUAGAUGUGUUGUGGGCCGCCUUGCAGGACCUGGUGUCGGGUGGCGAACCAGCGGGCCUGGAGUGCUUCAUGGACACGUUCAACGCCAGCUUGAUGCAGGUCGAGGCGAGGGCUUUCGGUUUGCUUGUCCCUGGCUCCUUGCUGUGGGCUUCUCCCGCGGACCUUCGGCAGCUUCACCGCCUCGGCUUCCCGCGCGGCUUCGUGGACAUGCAGUCGCGGCAAUUAGCGGCUAAGUUGCGCGUCGCGCAUCUGGAGGCGCGGGCAUCGGGUGGCCUCGACGUCCGUCGAAGGGCGGCUCGGCUUCGCGAGUGCCGUCGCAACACGGACAAUAUCGUCGUGUCCGCAGCGUGGGCUGACUGGUUCGACAGGGCUUUUCUCCUCCAGCUGGACAACGCUGUGGAAGUGGCAAGAGGACUCGGUGUCACCGCUGCAAGAGCACAGGAUCGACGCGUCCGUCGGCAGCUCCAGCGCCAGGCCGCAGCGUGGAUACAGGAGGCGCAGCAAGGAAAUCUGGAGCCCCGCGUCCAGCACAAGCUGGGCCGUUGGCAGGUGGAGUUGCCCCUGCAGGUGCGCUCAGCGCAUGGCAUGCACUACCUCCAAACCCUGGGCAAGAGGGUUCCGCUUCGAGUGUGGGCAGCGGUUUGGAGAGCCAUGUGGAACGGGUGGCCGACAGCCCGUCGCACUCAGGGCCGCGAGGGCCUUCCCGGCUGCGUCUUUGACUGCGCAGUGGAUGCGCCCGACUCGCUGGAGCACUACGCCGACUGCCGCUGCGUGCACGAGGUGGGCAUGGCGGAGCUCGGGCUGCAGCCGCUGGGGACGCCGGGGGCCCGCCUGGCGAAUUUCUUCGGGUUGGAUUUCGGAGUGCUGGACGACCCCGACACGGCGAAGGGGGGCCUGAGUUAG